AUGUUAGUGGAAGAAACAUUCAAUUUCUUAACGCGUCUACUCAAUUAUAUUUUUGCUAUACCUAUGUUGAUCUUAGGUAUAACUGGAUCGAUUUUAAUUGUUAUAGUCAUAACCCAAAAACGUACAUUUCGACAAAAUACAAAUCUUACAUAUUUAUUAGCAGGUGCCAUUAUGACUGGCAUUCAUCUACCAACUAUUUAUAUUCAAAUGAUUCUUGUUUAUGGUUUCAAUGUUUCAUUAAUGAAUACAAAUGAAGCUGCUUGUCGUGAACAUACUUAUUUACGUUAUGUAACAACAGUAGCAGCUAUUUCUUUUCCAUGUUGGGCUGCUUUUGAUCAAUAUGUUGGUACUUCAAGAAGUGCUAUCAUUCGAAAUCGUUGGGGUUCUCUUCGUAUUGUUCGAUUAGUUAUUGUUUGUACCGUAAUCUUUUGGUUCCUGUUCUAUAUACCAAUCAUUUUCUUUACGGGAAUUACAAAUGGUGUUUGUAAUUUUAAACCUAGUUUAUAUACAACACUCACUACUUAUAUAUUUACACCUCUUGUCUAUGGUCUAGGUCCUGUCGGCGUGAUUACUUAUUGUAUAUUAGGUACAGUAAAAAAUCUUCGUUUGAAUAAUAUCCAUAGAUCUCAUGAGAAGCUUGCAAAACAAGUUCGUGCAAUGUUAAUUCCACAACUUAUAAUUCUUGCAAUAUCCGGAAUUCCAUUUGGUUUUCAAAAUAUUUAUCUUGAUAUGACUAGUCAUAUUGCAAAAGAUGCUAAACGAAUUGCAAUCGAAAAUUUUCUUGGUCAAGUUGUUUUGAUUUUUUAUCAUUUUAAUUACGUGUUUACCUUCUAUAUCUACGUUUAUAAAUCGAGUGAAUUUAGAAAAGUAUUGAGAAAACAAGUUCCUAGAUGUAUUCGAGCCUGCCCGAUUUAUCCAACCGAUGUUAUAAUUAACAAUUCAAUCAAACCUUUAGAAAUCAAUCAAACAAAUUUUACACAAACAGUUUAG